GAGAGAGAGAGAGAGAGAGAGAGAGAGAGAGAGAGAGAGGUGAGUGGGAGGGAGCAAGGGUAAGGGGUUGUGAGGGGAGGGAAAGAGAGACACCAGCGAAGGGAGAGAGAGAAAAGAGAGAGCCUUUCUUUGGGUUUUUACUGCGGGCUCUGGCUUGCCGCGGGGCUUCAGUACUGCUGCACAGUCAAGCCUCUCCUCUUCGCUGGUGUGAGAAGCUGUGUGUGCACGUGCAAGCGUGUGUGUGAGUGUGUGUGUGUAUGCACAUGUGAGCCGGCACUACAGGAACCAUGUCGGACCCCAGGGACAUAGACGAGGAUGCCAUCCUCAAAGGCCUCAGCGCUGCAGAGCUGGAACAGCUGGAGUGUGAGCUCCAGGACCUGGACCCCGAGAAUGCCAUGCUCCCAGCGGGCUACCGGCAGCGGGACCAGACCAAGAAGACCCCCACGGGGGACUAUGACCGCGACGCACUGCAGGACUACCUGGAGAAGAGCGCCCUGGAGCACGAGGACAGGGAAGACCUGAUCCCCUUCACCGGGGAGAAGAAAGGGAAGGCGUUUGUUCCCACGGCGACCGGGCAGAUCCCCCUAAGCGAGCAGAUCACCCUGGAGCCGGAGCUGGAAGAGGCCCUGAAGAACGCCACUGAUGCUGAGAUGUGCGACAUCGCAGCUAUCCUUGGAAUGUAUACCCUGAUGAGCAACAAGCAGUACUAUGAUGCUCUGGGUUGCACGGGGAAGAUCGCCAACACGGAGGGCAUCAACAGUGUUGUAAAACAAGAUCCCUUCAAGAUCUUUCCGGAAGAGCCCCCAAACACCACCAACGUGGAGGAGACCGUGGAGAGGAUCCACAACAACGACAGUGGUCUGACGGAGGUCAACCUCAACAACAUCAAGGACAUUCCCAUCCCCACGCUGAAGGAGGUGUUUGAGGCCAUGAAGGGAAACUCUUACGUUGAGAUCCUGAGCAUCGCAGCCACACGGAGCAACGACCCCGUCGCCUUCGCAUGUGCGGAGAUGCUGCAGGAGAACACCAGUCUCCAGAGUCUUAACAUUGAGUCUAACUUCAUCACCGCAGAGGGCAUGAAGGCUGUAGUCAAGGCCAUGGCCAGCAACGCCACGCUGGUGGAGCUCAAGAUCGACAACCAGAGGCACACCCUGGGAGACUCGGUGGAGAUGGAGAUCGCCGCCAUGCUGGAGAACAACUCCAGCAUCCUGAAGUUCGGCUACCACUUCACCCAGCAGGGGCCCCGGGCCCGGGCCGCCAUGGCCGUCACCAGGAACAACGAUAUGCUUCGCCAACAGAGGCUGAGAUGAGCUUGAAGAAAGAAGUGAACACGAGAAACAAACAUCCUGUUUUCUGUUGAUCGAUUUUGCAUCCCCUCGGAGCCAACAAUUGUCUGCAAAAAAAGAACAAGGUGGAUUGCCAUCAACUCCCCUAGUGCUGGCUCUGUCAGCGUAGUGAUGGGUUUUCACAGUGGUU